CCUAGCGAGUAGCUUCACCUCCUCGUUCACGAUCUUUUCAUCUUCCGUCUCUCAGAGCUUUUCUCCAGUCUUCACAAUGGCUUCAGAGAAAAAGCUCUCUAACCCCAUGAGAGAGAUCAAAGUUCAGAAGCUCGUCCUCAACAUUUCCGUCGGCGAAAGCGGCGAUCGUCUCACCCGCGCCGCCAAGGUUUUGGAACAAUUGAGUGGCCAAACCCCUGUCUUCUCCAAAGCAAGGUACACCGUUCGAUCAUUCGGAAUCAGGCGUAACGAGAAGAUUGCGUGCUAUGUCACUGUAAGAGGCGACAAAGCCAUGCAACUUUUGGAGAGUGGGUUGAAGGUUAAGGAAUACGAACUUCUUAGGCGCAACUUCAGUGACACUGGCUGCUUCGGUUUCGGUAUUCAAGAACACAUUGAUCUCGGCAUUAAGUACGACCCUUCAACUGGUAUUUAUGGGAUGGACUUCUAUGUGGUUCUAGAACGCCCAGGGUAUCGUGUGGGUCGUCGCCGUAGAUGUAAGUCCACUGUUGGGAUCCAGCAUAGAGUUACAAAGGAGGAUGCAAUGAAGUGGUUCCAGGUCAAAUACGAGGGUGUGAUCCUCAACAAAUCUCAACAAAUCGGUGGUUAGGGACUUUUCUACACUGGUUAGAUUGUAGUUCAGCUUUUAUGAAGCUGAAUUUUAUUUUCUGUUUCCCUUAUAAUUUGCAGUGGUUCACAUUUUUGUAGUAGUACCAUAUUUGGUGUUUUUCAUGCUUGAACACACCUUUUGCUUUUAUAUGUGGGAGUAGAUCAAUCCUAUGUUUUGUGGUUUUUGAAA